ACUAGCUUCACAAAGCGCUGGUUGCAAGUAACAAGCAGGAUCGGUGUUGAUGUGGAGGCUUCGUUUCCUGCUCAGAACAGUGGCUUCCCUGCAUACACCUUUCAUUAUGAUUCACACCAACAUGAAGAAAAAAUUCAGCUGCUGUGUCCUGGCCUUUCUCCUGUUUGCAGUCAUCUGUGUGUGGAAGGAGAGGAAGAAAGGGAGUUACUAUGAUUCCCUUAAAUUCCAAGCCAAGGAAUUCCAACUGCUGAAAAGCCUGGGGAAAAUGACCAUGGGGUCUGGUUCUCAGGCCUCAAGCGACACCCAGGACCCUCAGGAAGGCAGUCAGAUCCUCAGCAAUCCCAGGGUCACAGCCAAAGUCAAACCACAGUCUUCCUUCCAGGUGUGGGACAAAGACAGCUCAUCUAAAAACCUUAUCCCCAGGCUGCAAAAGAUCUGGAAGAAUUAUCUGAACAUGAACAAGUACAAAGUAUCCUACAAGGGGCCAGGGCCAGGCGUCAAGUUCAGUGCAGAGGCCCUGCGCUGCCACCUUCGGGACCACGUGAACGUAUCCAUGGUAGAGGCCACAGAUUUUCCCUUCAACACCUCUGAGUGGGAGGGUUAUCUGCCCAAGGAGAACAUUAGGACCAAGGCUGGGCCGUGGCACAGGUGUGCUGUUGUCUCUUCAGCGGGAUCUCUGAAAUCCUCCCAACUGGGUCAAGAGAUAGAUGAUCAUGAUGCAGUCAUGAGGUUUAAUGGGGCACCUACAGCCAACUUCCAGAAAGAUGUUGGUAUGAAAACUACCAUUCGCCUGAUGAAUUCUCAGUUAGUCACCACAGAAAGCCUCUUCCUUAAGAACAGCUUGUACAAUGAAGGAAUCCUAAUCGUAUGGGAUCCAUCUGUGUACCAUGCAGGUAUCCCAAAGUGGUAUGAGAACCCUGACUACAAUUUCUUUAGUAAGUAUAAGAGUUACCGCAAGAUGCAUCCCAGCCAGCCCUUUUACAUCCUCAAGCCUCAGAUGCCUUGGGAACUGUGGGACAUCAUUCAGGAAAUCGCUCCAGAGAAUAUUCAGCCAAAUCCUCCCUCCUCUGGGAUGCUUGGUAUCAUUAUUAUGAUGACACUGUGCGACCAGGUAGAUGUUUAUGAAUUCCUCCCAUCCAAGCGCAAGACCGAUGUGUGCUACUAUCACCAGAAGUUCUUCGACAGCGCCUGCACGAUGGGUGCCUACCACCCUCUCCUCUUUGAGAAGAAUAUGGUGAAACAUCUCAACGAGGGCACAGAUGAAGACAUCUACCUGUUCGGGAGAGCCACACUGUCUGGCUUCCGGAGCAUUCACUGCUGAGCACGUGUCCCUGGCCAGGCACCUUCAGUCUUCUCCAUCAGUUGUCUUAUGGCUGAUCUCCUGGUGACCUCUCCUGGGAGGAACAUUUUCUUCAACAGUCCCAGCUUGCUUCUUAUACUCUAGGACGUUUUCAGCAGAGCUCUGGAGCGUCCAGGGCCUGAUGGCAAAGAACACAGCCUUCCUUGUAGCCACAGAGUUUGGGGCCCAGCCUCCUGCCACACACACAUGGAUGCACAUGCUUAGCACUCAUUCUAGACAGCAUCUUCUCCUUCCACACAGGUAGGGGCAAGAUCCACAGAGCUGCCAAAGCUAGAAUCUGUUUUUCCUAACUAAACGAUAUCAUUCUUACAAACUAGCACUCUCUGUCACUUGAAAUCUCUACCUAAGUAUUGAUUUCACAUCUUAAAGAAACUCUUCCCAAAUCAUGAUUUGUGCCAGAUGCAGGGUGGUGGGGGUUGGGGGUGGGGGGCAAGCAGUUGGUACAGGACAUAGAUGCAUGCCCAUUUACUCCAGAGUAAAGUUGUUUCCAAGUACACUCCCCUGUAAACAUAAUUCUGUCACUACUGACUGAUUGGGUUGGUCCUUGGCCUGGGUGCUUAGGACUGUCCCACUUCCCUCUCCACGUGAAGAAAAGUACAAGACAUCUGUUUCAACUUGCUCACAGUUGAGUAAGAGACAGACACUUAAUAAGCAGUUAGAAUAUAAACAUUCCAUGUGCUCAGUGAAUUGGGCCGAUGGAGAGGUGGCUACUGUCUGUACCCAGGAGGAGCCAACUCUUCCAUAUCUUCUUAGAGCUUGUGACAUUGGAGCAGGUCUUAGCAGAGGAGGAGAAAGUUGCCAAGGCAUUUCAUCUGAGUUCUAAGAGCUGUGCUUUCCUUUCCUCCUUUAUUAGCAAGGCUAUGUUCUGUAUAUUCAAACUUGUCUGAAAAUAGAGACUCAAGAUGCUUGUUGAGGAAGCCCCUACCCAUGUUGGCGCCAUGUGCAGCUCCACGUGACUACUGCAGGCUUGGUUUGGCGUGUACUGAACUCUAGCUCCUCUUUUUAAUACCUACUCCCAAACCACCUUCUAACUUCUGUCUUUAUUUUCUUUAAAGUAAUCUUCCCUUCCCAAAUUACUUUUACUCAUUUUCUGCUUGACAAGUAUCCUGACCCCAAUUUCUUUGACCUUAUGGGCCUUCCAUUGAAAGGUCUCUCAGGGAAUGGGGAUAAUGGAGGGACUUAGGUCAGAAUCUUAAUCAUAACUGAGUCUUAUGAGGUGUGAGGUAUGUGAUAUCAGAUUGUUGUGCCCUCCACUGGCUCCCUGCAAGGAAGUGACAUCAGUCUCUGGGCAGGAAUCACCCACUGUGGUUUGUAAGCCUGCUCCCCACAUGGUUCUGCUAAGCCCCCUCCUGUGGUGGGAAACCACAUGGGCCCAUUCAACCCCUGGUAUGGAGUGGUUAAACGACUUGUUCAGGGUCAAAAAGUAAUGUUAGUACCAGAGCGCCUAGGCAGAGACCACUGGGUUCUCAGUGCUGGUGCCAUGUGCUCAGAGGGCUUCAGUGUUUGAGCUCCGGUCAGCGGUCUUAGAGCUGGGACACUCUUACUGCUGACCCCAUGCCUUAUAUGGACAAUAGAAGGCUCAGAGUGAGAAACUUGGGUUUUCGGGUUGAUCCCUCUCCUGUGCCACUUUAUGAUAAUUCUCUUCUUCAAGCCUUUGUUUCCAUAUUUGUAAAAUGGGGUGACAGUUCUACCUCACAGGGCUCUGUGUGGACCACAGGAAAGCACCCGGCCUGGCUGUGUCCCUAGUGCGUAGGAAGUAGGUACCCAGCUUUCCUUCCUUUCUGUUCUGUGAUCACACCUGUGCUGGACUUUACUGUAAGACAAUGGUGAGGAGGAAAAGGGGUCCUUUGUGUUGUGAAGCAACUAGCCCAUUUGGAACACCCAGGAAACCAUAGGACAGAUAAUGUAGCGCAUAUUCCUUCUUGCCACCUGCCACUCAGGUCUGCUUCUGUCUGGGAGUGGGCCAAGUAUUCUGACUGCUUGGCUGCUCUGUGGGUUAACUGGUGAAUUCCUGGCUCACCUUAUGCUCUGAUUUCACAUGCUUCUUAUAAUUCUGUCACGACCACGGAAUACCUAGAAGCUGGCAUUCUGUCAGCAGGAAGCGCAUGUUGGUAUAGAGACUGAGACUACACUGGGUAGAUUCUAUUCUAGUUUUUAAUAACUAUUAUUAAUGUGGAAGAAUAAAUUAAUUUAAGUAUAAUAUGAUUCUGAAGUCUACAAAACCUUUAUGUGCUCUGUAAAUGUGGAAAUCUUGGUAAACUGAAAAUGUUAUGUUGCUGUUACUGUUAAUUUGGUGAGAUGUUUAGUAUUUGUUACAGGUCAUUUAAAAUCUGUGACUGAAUGCUGCAAGAAAGCUGCUGUCUACAUAGGCUCUGGCUUCACGCUAGAUCAUGGGAUCAGCUCUAAUCUUUCUAAUCAAAUCUGCUAUUGCUCUUGGUUUGGAGUUUUGAGACACUGGUCUCAGAAACUUCUGAAACAUAUCUAAGCUACUUCUAAAUCACCCAAAGAUUAUGUAAAAUUUUAAAAUAAAGGUCUUUUAAAAAACUG